CUUUCCUGGUUUUCUCCCCUUCACACUUUCUCUUUCUUUCUCUCCUUCUCUCUUUCUCACACACACACACACACACACACACACACACACACACACACACACACAUAUGCUGCCCAGUUCAGGGAGAGUAAAAUGGGAGGCCUUCAUUCAUCACGACUCAUCCAGGCUUGAAUCGUUCCAUUCACUUUGAGUGUGAUUGGAGGGAGUAGCGGGUGGAGCACAUCAGUGGUGGACGCAGGUCAGUUGGCUCCUUUAAAGCCCGGCGUGCAACCCAUUGCUUGCUGCUGAGCUCAUGUGGCAAUGCCAGGCUUCAGCAGGGUUUAACUGACUCAGGCAGGUGUGGCUCAGCAGCAGUCAUGAGUGGAAUACUGAAGAGGAAGUUUGAGGAGGUGGAGGGAGCAUCACCGUGCUCCUCGCUGAGGGAGUCAGAAGAGGAGGAGAUAUCGAGCAGCGAGAGUGGAGACAGCAGCGACAGCGUGAACCCCUCAGCCUCUCUCUUUACACCCUCUUCCAUCCUAAAGCGAGAGAAGCGGAUGAGAACUCAGAGAGUGCAUUUCGAAAAGGUGACGGUGUAUUAUUUCAGCCGGCGGCAAGGCUUUACCAGCGUGCCUAGUCAGGGAGGCAGCACCUUGGGCAUGUCGAGUCGACACAGCUCUGUACGGCAGUACACACUCGGCGAGUUUGCCAAGGAACAAGAACGCAUACACAGGGACAUGCUGAGAGACCACCUGAAGGAGGAAAAACUCAACUCUAUCAAACUCAGGCUGACUAAAAACAAUUCUGUCGAGUCGGAAGAGGCCAAUGCUCUCACGGUGGAUGAUAUCUCAGAUGAUGACCUGGACCUGGACAACACAGAGGUAGAUGAAUACUUCUUUCUUCAGCCGCUGACCACUAAGAAGCGCCGGGCCUUGCUACGCUCAUCUGGUGUAAAAAAGAUUGACGUGGAGGAGAAGCAUGAGCUGAGGGCCAUCCGAGUGUCACGCGAGGACUGCGGCUGUGACUGCAGACUCUUCUGCGACCCAGAGACUUGCACCUGCAGCCUGGCAGGCAUCAAGUGCCAGGUGGACCGCAUGUCAUUCCCAUGCGGCUGCACUAAAGAGGGCUGCAGUAAUGCGGCCGGCCGGAUUGAGUUUAAUCCCAUCCGUGUGCGCACACAUUUCCUGCACACCAUCAUGAAACUGGAGCUUGAGAAGAGUAGGGAGCAGCAGCAGAGCUCAGCUCCUGGUCCCACCUCUGUCCUCGCCCCCAAUGGCAACGGUUACCACAGCGACACCAAUGGCCACUGUAGCCCAUUGACAUCAGGCCAACAUGCUUUAGAAUAUACUGUCCCUGAUCCCGUCCAGCAAAAUGCCAUCAUGCACCUGCAAGCUGUGGAUGAUAUGGAUGAGGUUUUGGAAGAGGAAGAGGAUGAAGAGGAGGAGGAUGAGGAAGAUGAGGAUGAAGAUGAGGAUGAAAAUGAGGAUGAUGAAGAGGAGAGCAGCAGUUUGUGUAGCCUGUCAGACUCGAGUACACAGAGCCUGGCGAACAGUGACUCGGAGGAGGAGGAGGACGAUGAUGUCGAUGACGAAGGAGACAAGGCAGAGGAGUUUGAGGACGGCCUGACCAUCGCUCCUUUAUCACACAGUGAGGUGGUUUCUCCAUCCUCUGUGAUGUGCUACUCGGAGAACACAGUCACACAGGAGAACCAAACCAACGGCAACAAUUAUUUUAUCAACUCCUCGACCGAAUAUUAUCAGAUGGAGAAUGCCAGCUCAGCGUCUCUUUUAGCAGCUGCUAAUCAGGCCAGCGAGAGCUACGGAGGAGAUUCAGCCUCAUAUCAAGAAAGGUUGAGCAACACUAAUGGAGUGAUGGCACCAGGAGCCUUUAACAUGACCACUGAGCAUUACACUGACUAUACACAGCCACCUGAGGAACAAUACACCAAUCAUCAUUUCACUCUCACUAAUGGAUCUUCAGCCACGAUUGGCUGCUGUGAACCAGAACAGGACAAAAGCAUGCAGUCGAAAGGGACCUACCACCACAGCCAAUCAGGAGAGCUGAGUCAGAUGGAGUACCAGAACUAUCUGAACAAUAACACAGAUGAGGGAUACACGACUAACGGGAACUGUUUUGUUGUAGAGCAGACGAAGGAGGUAUCUCGCACCCUUUCUGAGGUUCCCUCUUUAGCAGACACCACCAAAGGACCGAUACUGGAGUCUUUCCCUGAGCCCACCCCUGUUUAGAUACAUAUAUUAGAUCCAUGAGGAGAAAACACAAAUGGUAAGCUAGGUGUUUGAUUCAAAUACCACACAGAGUCAAUUAAUGGUCUUUGUUUCGACACUCGACAUAGUUUAGUUUGAAGAUGUCAACGUGUAUGAUAUUCAUAGUCAUGUAUUUUUCAAUGAGCCUGAAAAAAAAAUCCAUUAAUCUAAGUGCAAACUGAGAUCAUAUAAACUGUAAGCUUUAGGCCUGUGCAAUGUUAUCUGGUAUUUCAAAAGUCAAAGCUCUAGUUUUGAGCCAUUAUUGUGGAUAGAACUUUUCUAUGUCUAUGUGUCAGUGGUGCAUAAAAAAAAAAAAUAAUCGUUGCCGUUCAUUAAUAUAUAAAAGAAAAAAUGUGUAUACUUAAUCAUUUUGAUAAAAGCGCAUGUUCUUUUGUAGCUUUUGUUGCCAAUAUAUGGUUUUUGUAUUGAUUGCAUUGAUGUAUUGUUUAAAAAAAAAAAAAAAAAGUUAAGUUCUCGUUGUUACAUAUGUAUAAUCAUGCUUUUAAAGCAUUUGUAAAAGCAUGAAGCCUGAUCUUGAAAUGUUUGCUGUUUUUGCAAUACCAAAUCAGAUGACUUAAGUUGUGAAUAUAAUACACUUCUUGAAGACAAUGCACUUUUCCAGAGGCUGAUGCCAUGCAAACGGCAUAUAGUCUUUAGCAGAGCACUGAUAGGGUGAACUAUCUUUUACUGGACCGUUAUUUAAUCCUCAUUCCGCCAUGCCGGUGGAGAGACGGAUAAAAGAGUACUUCAUUUUUAGCGUUUCCAACUAAUAUCUUUGGGAUUUUACAGGGACAUCUAAUCAAAUGCACUUUGAAAAGCAUCAAAUUAAUUUGUUCUGAGGCAUUGAAUAUCUUUUAAAAUGAAGUUAUGUGUUCAAAUGAAAUAAUAAUCGAUGAAGCAAGAAAAAAAAGUAAAAAAAGACAGAAUAUUUAUGAAAUUGUAGAAAGUUUAUUAAGCUAAAUGGAUCAUAAUGUGGAAAAUCAGAAACCUAGUGAUAAAACAGGUCUGAGUUCUGAUUGGUUUGUAUUUCAGCAUAUUUAGUACUAUACAGCACUAGUUACUGAGUACUGUAUUUAAAAAUCAUAUUGCUAAAGAGGCAUUACAAAUUUGGCAAAUUGAAUUGACUUCUCUUAGUUGACUUCAAAUGAAUUGAAUUGUAAAGCGGACAAAUGAUUCAUUUAAAUUAUAUGAACAAAUGUUUUUUUAAGACUGAUUUGUCAGUCGAGUGCAAUAGUGUAACAGGAUCACAACUUUCUGGAGGUCAGCCCUUCAUUGCCAGACAUCUCUUUCAUCUAAUCUGCUGACUGAUCUUGAAAAGAAAUCGUAUUUCACGCACAAUUACAAUAGUGUUACGAAUUCCUCAAUAGUGUUUCGAUGAAAUUUAAGCUAUUUUUUAAAGCAGAUAGUUGUUUUUCAAGAAGCAGAAAGAGGACAAUCAUAUUCCUGCAGUGGUUUUGCCAGUGUAUAGAAGAACUACAGAGCUCAAUACAGCCAGCCUUUUAACAGAUCUAUAUGCCAUACACUCAUUUCUGGAACAAAAUUUCAUGCGAAAUUGUUCAUUUGCUGAAGUGUUUUUUUGUUUUGUUUUAGAUAUAAAGGAAACAUAGUUUGAAAGGUCUGCCUUUGGUGUGACUAAACCCAAAGUAAAUGCCUUUCUAUUUUUUUGAUUUUUUAUUCAUUUCUUCUUGAAAGUAAAAUGGGAUAUCUUAUCAGGAGACAGACUAAGUCUUGAUCGUUUUGGGUUUGCCUUUGACCUUCAUGUCCCAUUGUUUCCACAGUUUGUGUUUUUAGUAUUUUAAAUUUCUUUUUUUGUUAUCUAAAUGGACAGAGCUUGUAUUUGACCUCAUUCUCUGUUGGAGUCCAUCAUACGAAGCGAUGUCUUGGUCGUGCUAUAACGGGAAGCAGCAUAUCCAGCAUCGCCACCACACUCUGUUUGCAGUAUUUAUUCUGAAUGAUCUAUUGAAAUGUGUAUUUAUUGUGAUUUCCUGAAAUGGUAUGUGCUGAAUAAAACAUUUCUUUGCUAA